UUCACUUGAAGCUUGCGUGUGUGUUGCCACUUGUUGGAGCUUGCGGGUGAGGUGAGGUUUCAGGCAAGGUGAUGUGUGUGGGAGUAGGCUUUCUUGUGCCCCGGAGCCUGGAGAGUGUGGGCGACUACUUCCUAGUUCCUGCGCAGGAGGUGACCUGCCUGCCUGCCUUUAUGAUGCUCCGCUGGUUUUGUUUCAUCCGAUUUGAUGUAAAGCUGUAACACGUUGGAUUGGAGUAGUAACCUUUUUUUUGUGUACUAAAACAAUUGAGGGCUUGUGAUGGCUGUAUGUUUCAUGGGCUUCUUGUGCCUUACUGCGCUGGUUCUUUGGCUUUAGGGAGGGGUUUCCGUAACUUCUGCUGUUAUCCUUGCUGAUCAGAGAGGGAGCGAGAUGAUGGUGUUGUGUCUUUUGUGGGCUAGGAUAAUAGUAGUACUGUAUAUCAAUGUGGGAGCCAGGUUGCCAGGCACACCACCACCGGCAUCGUCUUCAAUCUCUUGACUGGAUGUUGGAUGUGUUUCAGGAAGAGCAUACUACCUUAGAUCGAUUAUGGUUCAUCUGCUGCAUUACUGACGCAACUUCUGAGAAGAGGAGAAAGGGAGUCAUGGUUCCAAAGGAUGCGUAUUGAGUAUACAUUGCAGUUUUGGUUGUCGGUCUUUUUCUUCUGCCCUGCUUGAAGGAAGAAAGCUGGAAAAUUAAAAGUACUGGCAAUGGGAUCCGAAGGCUUUUGCAUUUUGAUCCUACUUAUGUGCUUCAUCCCAUUCUCUGCUUUGGCUGAACAUAGCGACAUAAGUAGCUUGUUCACUCUAAGGGAGUCUGUCACUGAAGGCAAAGGAUUCCUCCGUAACUGGUUCGAUUCAGAAACUCCCCCAUGCAGCUGGUCUGGUAUAUCUUGUGUGGGGCGCACUGUUGUGACCAUAGACUUGUCCUCUGUGGCAGUCUAUGCCCCAUUCCCAUCAUGCAUUGGGUCAUUCCAGUCUCUUAUUCGGCUCAACUUCAGUGGGUGUGGGUUUUCCGGUGAACUUCCAGAUGUCUGGGGGAGCUUGCAGCAUCUCCAGUACCUUGACUUGAGCAAUAACCAGGUUUCAGGGACCCUGCCUGCUUCAUUAUACGAAUUGAAGACGCUGAAGGAAUUGGUGCUUGACAACAAUUUCCUGUCUGGACAAUUGAGCCCUGCGAUCGCGCAGCUUCAGCAGCUCACGAAGCUGUCUGUGUCCAUGAAUUCCAUCUCUGGUGCCCUUCCUCCAGAGCUGGGCAGUCUGCAGAACCUGGAGUUUCUGGACCUUCACAUGAACGCAUUGAACGGGUCAAUACCAGCAGCUUUCGGUAACUUGUCUUGGCUCUUGCACCUUGAUGCAAGCCAGAAUAAUAUCAGUGGAUCAAUAUUCCCAGGAAUAACUGCAAUGGUGAACCUCUUGACAGUUGAUCUCUCAUCAAAUAGUUUGGUGGGGCCAAUACCUAGGGAGAUUGGUCAGCUACAGAAUCUGCAAGUGCUAAUAUUGGGACAGAAUGGUUUCAGUGGACUCAUUCCAGAAGAGAUUGGUGAACUGAAGCUGCUGGAAGUACUUGAACUCCCUGGGUGCAAGUUCAGAGGCACCAUCCCUUGGUCCGUUGGUGGACUCAGAAGUUUGAAGGAGCUUGAUAUAUCAGAGAACAGCUUCAAUACUGAACUCCCAACAUCUGUUGGCAAGUUGGGAAAUCUAACUCGUCUGUUUGCAAAGAGUGCAGGGCUCAGUGGAAACAUACCGAGGGAACUUAGUAACUGCAAGAAGCUUAUGCUUGUUGAUCUGUCCUUCAACUCCUUCACUGGCUCUAUACCUGAAGAACUUGCAGGUUUGGAAGCCAUUGCCACAUUUCUUGUGGAAGGGAAUAAGCUGUCUGGUCACAUUCCAGAUUGGAUCCGUAAUUGGGUGAAUCUUCGCUCCAUAUCGCUGGCGCAGAACAUGUUUCAUGGACCCCUGCCAGUACUUCCAUUGCAACAUCUAGUUAGUUUCUCUGCGGAAACCAACAUGUUAUCUGGUUCUAUUCCUAUCGAGAUAUGUCAUUCCAACUCGCUUCAGUCAAUCAUACUGCAUAAUAACAAUCUGACUGGGAGAAUUGUGGAGGGAUUUAAAGGGUGCAAGAACCUCACGGAACUUAAUUUGCUAGGCAAUCAUCUUGAUGGUAAGAUACCGGAUUACUUGGUUGAGUUACCACUAGUAAGACUGGAAUUGUCCCAAAACAACUUCACGGGAAUGCUGCCUAAAAAAUUGUGGGAAUCAUCAACCAUUUUGGAGAUCAGUCUCAGCUACAAUCAGCUUACUGGCCCUAUACCUGAAAGCAUUGGUAGGCUCUCCAGUUUGCAGAGGCUGCAGAUAGACAGUAACUACUUGGAAGGACCUAUCCCACGGUCGGUCGGCUCUCUACGGAAUCUGACAAACCUCUCUCUACAAGGCAAUAGGCUGUCUGGGAACAUCCCGCUAGAGCUCUUCAACUGCAGAAACCUUGUCACUCUGGACCUGAGCUCUAAUAAUCUGACUGGCCACAUCCCGAGGGCCAUAUCUCACUUGACAUAUCUCAACAGCUUGAGUUUGUCUCAUAACCAGCUGUCUGGUGCUAUACCUGCUGAGAUCUGUGUGGGAUUUGAGAAUGCAGCUCACCCCGAUUCAGAGUUUAUUCAGCACCACGGCUUGCUUGAUCUGUCAUAUAAUCGAUUGACCGGUCAUAUCCCAACAGCGAUCAAGAAUUGUGCUAUGGUUAUUGUGCUAAAUCUGCAAGGCAAUUUGCUGAGUGGCACCAUACCCCAGGAGCUUGGUGAUCUGACAAAUGUUACAACCAUCAAUCUUUCUUUUAAUGCAUUAGUUGGCCCGAUGCUUCCUUGGUCUGCACCAUUGGUACAACUGCAAGGCCUUUUUCUAUCUAAUAACCACUUAGAUGGCUCCAUUCCCGUUGAGAUAGGCCACAUACUUCCCAAAAUUGCAAUGCUAGACUUGUCCAGUAAUGUACUUACUGGCAAUCUACCCGAGCCUUUACUAUGCAACAAGUACCUAAUUCAUCUGGAUGUGAGUAAUAACAGACUCUCUGGACAAAUCCCAUUCUUUUGUCCCAAGGAAAAAGAAUCCUCCAGCUCACUGCUGUUCUUCAAUGCAAGCAGUAACCAUUUCUCAGGGAGCCUAGACGAGUCUAUUUCAAACUUGACACAGCUGUCUUCUCUUGAUAUCCACAACAAUAGCGUCACUGGAAGUUUGCCUUCUACAAUUUCUGAUCUCAUUUCAUUGAACUAUCUUGACAUCUCAAGCAACGAUUUCAGUGGUGCCAUCCCUUGUGGUAUCUGCAAUUUAUUUGGCCUCACAUUUGCCAACUUCUCUGGUAAUCACAUUGGCAUGUACAGCUUGACAGAUUGCGCUACAGCAGGCAUUUGUACUGGAAAAGGUUUUUAUCGUAAGGCAGUUCAUCCAUCUGAUCGAGUUCUAAGAGCAGCGAUGACUUGUGUCAUUAUACUCUCUGUCAUCAUUGUGUUAGUUCUUCUGGUGGUUUAUCUGAGAUGGAAGCUAUUGAGAAGCAGGCCCUUGGCUCUUGUACCAGCCAGUAAGGCCAAGGCUACUGUUGAGCCAACCUCAAGUGAUGAACUUUUAGGGAAGAAGUUUCGGGAACCUCUGAGUAUCAAUCUUGCAACAUUUGAACAUGCACUGCUGAGGGUCACCGCAGAUGAUAUUCUGAAAGCCACCGAGAAUUUCAGUAAGGUGCACAUCAUAGGGGAUGGUGGCUUUGGCACUGUCUACAGGGCAGCACUUCCUGAAGGUCGGAGAGUCGCGAUCAAGAGGCUUCAUGGUGGCCAUCAGUUCCAAGGUGAUCGUGAAUUCCUGGCUGAAAUGGAGACAAUUGGAAAGGUGAAACAUCCUAACCUUGUUCCGCUACUUGGCUAUUGUGUUUGUGGUGAUGAACGGUUCCUGAUAUACGAGUACAUGGAGAAUGGGAGUCUUGAGAUGUGGCUGAGGAACCGGGCUGAUGCCGUUGAAGCACUUGGAUGGCCAGACCGUCUGAAGAUCUGUCUCGGUUCUGCCCAUGGGCUUUCGUUCCUGCAUCAUGGCUUCGUGCCCCAUAUCAUCCACCGGGACAUGAAGUCAAGCAACAUUCUAUUGGAUGAAAACUUUGAGCCGAGGGUGUCUGACUUUGGUCUUGCAAGGAUAAUCAGUGCAUGCGAGACCCAUGUCAGCACUGACAUUGCUGGUACACUUGGCUACAUACCUCCAGAGUACGGCCUGACAAUGAAAUCCUCUACAAAAGGCGACGUCUACAGCUUCGGUGUCGUCAUGCUGGAAUUGCUCACCGGACGGCUACCUACAGGGCAAGAAGAGGGGGAAGGGGGUGGAAACCUCGUUGCCUGGGUGCGGUGGAUGAUCGCGCAUGGUAAGGAGAACGAGCUGUUUGAUCCUUGUUUGCCAGUUUCAAGCGUGUGGCGGGAACAGAUGGCCCGUGUGCUUGCCAUUGCUCGGGACUGCACUGCCGACGAGCCUUGGAAGAGGCCGACCAUGCUGGAGGUGGUAAAGGGCCUCACGAUGGCUCACACAAUGGAAUGUGGACCCCUGGUGGUGACAGUCUCCAGGGACAUGUAAUGCUGGCGGCAUCAUCUUGGCAUACCAGUGGUCUGAUACCACAAUGCAACUGGAAGAUGACCGGAGUUUCUUCUUGCUACUAAUGUAAUAAUGUAGGGUACUUGUAGCUGUAGAGUCAGCUAUCUGGUGACUGUAAUGAGAGAAACUAUUCUUGCACAUGUUCAGGCUGUAGUUAGUGUUGUAACCUUUUUAUCUGGACCCAAGUACUUUCUCAUCUGGUAUUCAUGUGGCAGGGAGUGAUUUACAAUCUCAGAAGAUGUAGUGACUGAAAUUUUUCUUUUUCCCUUUGUUUAAGUACUUCAGAGAA